AUGCUGAGUGUUAUGGUGCCCCGUUGGACGCAUGUUGCAACGGGAGUGUCGCCUGUGCGCCUUUGCAAACGGUUUUCGCAUCAGUAUGCACCACGGCUGAGCCAGCAGGACAAGAAGCACAAGGGUCGUGUCCCUGUGCGGACCGGAGGAUCCAUCAAGGGCAACACGCUAGAGUUUGCACGGUAUGGAAUGCGGCUGAAGACCGAGGGUGUGCGGCUAACAGCCCUGCAGCUCACUGAGGCAGACAACUCGAUCAUGCGGACGGUGCGGCAACUGACGAAUGGCAAGCUGUGGCGGCGGCUGUGCACGAACGUGGCAGUGGGCGUGAAGGGUAACGAGACCAGAAUGGGGAAAGGUAAGGGUGGCUUUGACCACUGGAUGGCACGUGUGCCCACAGGGAAAAUUAUCUUCGAGAUGGACGGCGACAACCUGCACGAGAAGGUCGCGCGCGAAGCGUUUCGGAAGGCAGGCACCAAGCUUCCAGGCACGUACGAGUUUGUAAAGCGGGAUUCGCUGGUGCGCGUUGGCCUGCACAGCUUCAAGAACCCUGCUGAUGAUCCGAAGGUCAACUACUUCGAGAAGCUUGCGAAGGAGCCUACGAAAGAGUACCUGAACAAGUUGAGAUCGAAAGAAAAUAUGUACAGGCUGUACCGCGGCCGUUGA